GAACCGAUUUCUCCUUGGCCAGGAUCGACGACAACGAUGGAGAGUUUCUCUUGAUAGAAGCAGCUGAUUUUCUCCCGAAGUGGCUAAAUCCUGAGAACAGUGACAACAGGGUGUUUUUUUACAAAGGAGAACUGCACAUCAUUCCACAGCCAGAGACUCAGGAGCGGGAAUGGAACCUCUCUGCUGCCAGUCCAACAAUCUCGCAGGCAUUAACGCUGUUAUCCACUCAUUCAGAGGAGUUCCUGGCUGCAGAACCCAUUAGAACAGCAGUGUAUAAACGCAUCAGUGGGUAUCCUGAAAAAAUUCAGGCCUCAUUUCACCGAGCCCACUGCUACCUUCCGGCAGGCAUUGUGGCAGUGCUGAGGCAGCGUCCUUCGUUGGUGGCUGCAGCAGUCCAGGCCUUUUACCUGCGAGAUCCAGCAGAUUUACGAGCAUGUCGCUCUUUUAAAACGUUUCCUCCAGACGAGUGUGUAAUGACUGUAGUUACUUUUACAAAGUGUUUAUAUGCACAACUGGUGCAGCAGAAGUUUGUUCCAGACAGACGUAGUGGAUACACUCUGCCCCUUCCAUCUCACCCUCAGUACAAAGCCUAUGAACUGGGCAUGAAACUGGCUCAUGGCUUUGAGAUUUUGUGCUCCAAGUGCAGUAAAGUAUCUCUUGAUUCCAAGAGAAAUGUUUUGAGCAGUCCCCUGUGGGAGAGAUUCCUCUGCAGCCUGAAGGAAAAAAAUUAUUUCAAGGGAGAAAUGGAAGGAUCUGCCAAGUACUUGGAGCUGUUGCGUAUGGCAGAAGAUUACUUCCAGCAAUCUGUUACCAAGCCAGAAAGCUCUGUUGAAGUGAGGCCAGGUGAUGAAAUCUUGACAUUGCUACAGACAACGACCAUUGAUUUGAAGGAAUUGGAGAGAGAAGCAGGUUGUCUUCCUCCAGAUGAUGAUGACAGUUGGCUGGAGAUUACACCGGAUGAUCUAGAUCAGAUGCUGAAGGAGGCAAGAAACGAUUCCCUUCCUUCCUCAAAUGAGGAAGCCCAGAAAUAUGACUUGGAAGCAGUUGCUAAAAGUAUGAAGGCUUUUGUAUCCAAAGUCUCAACGCAUGAAGGAGCAGAAAUGCCAUGGUCAUCUGAUGAAUCCCAUGUUACCUUUGACGUAGAUUCUUUUACAAAAGCGUUAGACGGGAUUUUAGGGGCAGACUCAGAAGAGCUGGAUUCCGAUGAUCUGGAUGAAGAGGAGGAGUUUGACUUCUCAGAUGAGGAUGAUGAAGACUUAGGUGCUGAGAAUCAAAGGCAAGAGCAGAAGGUAUCGCCUAAUGAGCUUAUAGGCAGUCUCAAGUCAUAUAUGAAUGAGAUGGACCGUGAGCUGGCACAUACCAGUGUUGGUAAAAGUUUCACCACCCAAAAGAAAGGGGCAAGUUCUGUUAAUGCAACCAUGUCUCAAAAUGCUGGCCCUGGUUCUGGAGCUGAAGAUACCGAGCUGACCCCCGUUGAUGUGGAUAUGAACCUAGUAGCUAACCUGCUUGAAUCCUAUAGCGCUCAGUCUGGACUGGCAGGACCCACCUCUAACAUUUUGCAGAGCAUGGGAGUGUAUUUACCUGAAAACGCAGAUCAUAUUGGCUCUAAUGAGGGAGCAACAGAAUAA